UCACAAAAACUGAAAACACAAGAGAGUGAAGGUGGUGUUACAUAUAAAUAGAGGGUUAGGGUUUUUGCGCAGCAUUUGGACCCUCUUUUAUCUCUCUCGUUAUCACGCAGCGGAGCACCGGCGGCCACAACUGCAGAUUCACACUCCAAUUUCACCAUGGCGAGAGGUUUGAAGAAGCAUAUGAAGAGGCUCAAUGCCCCCAAGCAUUGGAUGCUUGACAAACUGGGAGGAGCUUUUGCCCCCAAGCCAUCCUCUGGGCCUCACAAGGCUAGGGAGUGUUUGCCCCUUAUCCUAAUUUUGCGUAACAGGUUGAAGUAUGCUUUGGUUUACCGUGAAGUUAUUGCUAUAUUGAUGCAACGCCAUGUUCUAGUUGAUGGGAAGGUCAGGACUGACAAGACCUAUCCUGCUGGUUUCAUGGAUGUCAUAUCGAUUCCCAAAACAAACGAGAACUUCCGUCUCCUGUACGACGCCAAGGGUCGUUUCAGGCUGCACUCAGUCAGGGACGAGGAAGCCAAGUUCAAGCUUUGCAAGGUAAGGAAUGUGCAGUUCGGCACUAAAGGAAUUCCAUACCUUAAUACUUACGAUGGGAGGACCAUCCGUUACCCUGACCCCCUCAUCAGGGCCAAUGAUACUAUUAAGCUUGACUUGGAGGAGAACAAGAUUGUUGACUUCAUCAAGUUUGAUGUUGGAAAUGUUGUUAUGGUCACUGGAGGAAGAAACAGAGGCCGUGUUGGAGUCAUCAAGAACAGGGAAAAACAUAAGGGAAGCUUUGAGACAAUCCACAUUCAAGAUUCACAAGGUCACGAGUUUGCUACUCGUAUGGGAAACGUCUUUAUCAUUGGUAAAGGUACAAAACCUUGGGUGUCUCUCCCCAAGGGCAAGGGUAUCAAGCUUACCAUCAUCGAGGAGGCACGUAAGAGAGCGGAGAAGACUGCAACUGCUUGAUCACCAAUAUGCAAAUGAGAGUAUCCAGUUUUUGUCUUUUGGGACACUUGAGUUUUUUUUUGCUGUUUGAAGAAACCCUUUUUUUAUUUAAUAGCUUAUCUAAGUAAUCAUAGAAUAGAGUUGCUACUGAACAGCGCAGGGUUUUGUUAUGGAACCAUUUAAGCUGCUUCUGAUGUAUCCUUUUUGUUGCUGAUGCUUAAAGUCUUGCUUUAAGUUUCUGAAACCUUUGGUAUCUAGUGAGAUUAAAAAAUAGUUUUAAGA